AUGCACCCGCUUGAUUGGUCUCUAACUCUUGAUGAUAAAGAGAAAUACCAGGAUGUGAUUUAUAUCCAAGCCAAACAGGCCCUUGACCGGCUAACCCAAGAGCGAUUCUCUCCAAUUCUCGCUCUCGAAGAUCUUGAUCGCCAACCAGCCGUCAAAGAAAUCCAGUCAGUUCAAAAAUGGGCCUGCGAACCGGUUGGCCGGAAAUGGGUGAUCGACUUUGUAGUCAUGGCUACCCCCGAAGAUCUAAAGGCCAAUGCCUGUCAAUGCUGGGAAUGGCCGAUCGAUACUUGUCCAAAAGUAUUGCUUUGUCCAUUUGAUUGUUAA